GACAUUUUUACCCUUGUUCUCUUCUAAAUAUACAACUGAAGUGUUCUCCAAGACAUCAAAACACAGUCUCUCUUCAUUAGCCAAAAAAAAAAAAAAGUUCCGAUUCGUCUCUGUAAUCAGUCUUCAAUGUCGAUCUUUGAGUAUAAUGGAAGUGCUUUGGUAGCGAUGGUUGGGAAAAACUGUUUCGCUAUAGCGAGUGACAGACGUCUUGGUGUACAGUUGCAGACAAUUGCUACUGAUUUCCAAAGGAUUUAUAAAAUACAUGACAAGCUUUUUAUUGGUCUUUCUGGCUUGGCUACUGAUACACAAACACUGUAUCAAAGGCUUGUCUUCCGUCACAAGCUAUAUGAGCUUAGAGAAGAGAGGGAUAUGAAGCCUGAGACAUUUGCCAGCCUUGUCUCUGCUAUGCUUUAUGAGAAAAGGUUUGGUCCAUACUUGUGCCAACCUGUAAUUGCUGGAUUAGGAGAUGAUGACAAGCCUUUUAUUUGCACAAUGGACUCUAUUGGAGCAAAGGAGCUCGCAAAAGAUUUUGUUGUUUCCGGCACUGCAUCUGAAUCACUUUACGGUGCCUGUGAGGCCAUGUACAAGCCUGACAUGGGACCGGAAGAAUUGUUUGAGACCAUCUCUCAGGCGCUGAUUUCAUCUGUAGACCGUGACUGUUUAAGUGGUUGGGGAGGACAUGUUUAUGUUGUGACACCAACUGAAGUGACAGAGAGGAUCUUGAAGGGAAGGAUGGACUAAACACUUGUGAGUGCUAUACUUGUUCACUGUUGCAUUCCCUGGGAGGACAUUUCACUUGUUUUGAUGAAAAGCUCUACAUUUGAUAUUUGAUAUUAUCGUAUUUACUUCUUUCCAAGAUUGUUACUUAUAGAUUCAGUGUUUGGUCACUAAUGAAUGUAACAUUCUAGUUAGAUUACAAUCA